AUGGGGAUACUAUAUGCGAUGGUGGCGAGGGGGGAGGUGGUUCUGUCGGAGUUCAGCGCCACUCCCACGAAUGCAAAUGCCGUAGCCAAGCAGAUACUCAACAAGAUCAACAACCAACAAGGCGCCACCAUCAACUGCGACAGCAACGUCUCUUUCUCCCACGAUCGCUAUGUCUUUCACGUCAAGAGGACCGACGGCCUCACUGUUCUUUGCAUGGCCGACGAUGCUUUCGGAAGGAGGAUCCCGUUUGAAUUUCUUGAAGACAUUCAUCAGAGAUUCGUGAAGACAUACGCGAGAGCGAUUCUGUCAGCUCCGGCGUAUGCCAUGAACGAUGAAUUCUCGAGGGUGUUGAGCCAACAGAUGGAUUAUUACUCCACUGACCCUAACGCUGACAGGUUGAACCGUCUCAAAGGUGAAAUGUCUCAGGUUCGAACGGUAAUGAUUAACAACAUUGAGAAAGUGUUGGAGAGAGGUGGCAGAUUGGAAGUGUUGGUUGAGAAGACAUCAGCAAUGAACAACAAUACUGUUCGUUUCAGAAGACAAUCCCGCCGUUACCAGAAUAAUCUCUGGUGGAGUAAUCUUAGGCUCAGGGUUACAUUUAUUAUGAUUUUCUUCAUCGUCAUUUACAUUGUACUGGCGUUUUUCUGCCACGGUCCAUUGUUGAUGUCAUGCUGGAGAUAA